CCUCAGUCGGUAUAGACAAGUGGUUACUGUAACACUGCGGUUCAAUAAACUCAAUUCAACAUGACUUCGGACGAAAGUAAAAAUAAUGUGAAAACAUUAUUUUUUAUUUCCAACUCCUUUGUGUUUGCAUUGGGUUGGUUGUUGUUUGCUUCUGGAGUGGGAUCUCUAGUCUUGUUGGAAGUUGGUGUCGUGGAAACAGUGGUAGGAGUGGUCAUCGUACUGGUGGCCUUUUACGGAUAUUGUGGAGCUGCUCAUGAUCACAGGAAAUCGCUGAGAAGCUACUCUGUGUUGAUGACGAUGCUCGCAGUGAAUGGGAUCAUACAUUUAGUGAGGACCAAACCGGCGGCGCGCGCGGCGAGCCACGACACUUAUGACAUGUCAGAUGCUGAGAACUCCUUCAUUGCGCUUAUUUUCGUCGUUAUCUUGGCGUUGGUGUCUAUGUUGCUGGGGUUCACGCUGUCGUCCAUGGACCCCAAGUAGUCUGGGUCCUAAGUGACAAAAAGAGGUCGAACCUUACUUUUCUUGACUAAAGCAUGAAACUUUGCACAGUUAUUCCUUAUAUCAAAAUAAGCCGAUUUAGAUCGGUAGCCCUCGCCCCCCCCCCCUCUGGGGCCUGAGAGGGGGGGGGGGGGGGUUAAAGUACCGCUCCGCCAGGCUUCAUACUAAAAAUUCGAACAGUCCCUGUGUAGAUAAUGAGGGCUACCGUUUUUGUGCUCACCAGUUGGCGCCACUGUAGAUAAAGGUCCAGAAAAAGGGAUCUCAAAAUUCUAUGCUUAUUUUUCUAAAACCAAUAGGUUCUAAUAUACACAAAGGUAUUUUAACGUCUAAAUGUGUCAUUUUUUCAAAAUGUUUCAUUUAGCAUGUUUAUGUAAAUCCUAUAAUAAAGAUAAAAAACGUACAUUAUUAUAGGAUCCACAACAAUAAACAACACAUUUAUUAGUCGCGUCUCCAGACUCUCCAGAGUGAGUACUUCGGAUGUUGUCGAUAUCGAUGCCGAUGUUGGUAAAAGGAUAUUCACCAGCGCAAGAUGCUGUAAUUUUUUUUUGCCAAUUUUUUUAUUAAAGGUAAAGUAAAUGUUAUGUUUUCUUUAAACUGCAUUAAAUAGGCUUCAUCCUUAUAUUU